GUUGACCAUUGUGGAAACCGAAAACCCUUCACAUUUCCUUUCUAAUUAAAGCUCUGCGUGAGAUCUCAUUCCAAUGGCGGCAGCAGCCCAGAGAAACCUCUCCAUUCUCGUCCCAACAGUUCUGCUGCUGUUUUCCAUUCCUCCUUCUUCUCUCGCUGCCAACACUCUCACCCAAGGCGGCCCAGUUCUCAACUCAUCCGCCAGCUUGGUCUCUCCCAACGGCCUCUUCACGUUGGGCUUCCGGCGGUCCGCGGUAGGAAGCUACCUCGGGAUCUGGUACAUCAAUGCGACGAGCAGCUUCUUCUGGGUAGCCAACCGAGACUCCGCGAUUCGCGACGGUUCAGGAUCGCUCGCCCUUGACCAAAAUGGCACGUUGAGGCUCACCUACUCCGGCGGCGGCGCCGCAGUCAAUCUCUACUCUGACAGCCGGCAGAGGAGACUGAUCGCAACGCUCGAUGACACGGGCAAUUUCGCAGUGAGCGACGUCGAUUCAGGGGAUUUGCUAUGGCAGAGCUUCGACUCCCCAACGAAUGCGUGGUUUCCCGGGAUGAAAUUAGGCCUCGUCGGCGGGGAGAACAGGAAGGUGACGUCAUGGCUGACCGAGUCCAUCCCGGCAGCGGGGGCUUUCACGCUGGAGUGGGACCCGACAGCCGGGAAGGAAGAAUUGGUGAUGAAGCACAGAGGCGUGACGUUCUGGACCAGCGGCAAGCAAUUGACCCCCAACCGGUUCACGAAUCUAGACCUCAGGCUGCAGAGGGUAAAUUACAACGUGUCCCGAGUCGUCGCCGGCCCCAACUCCGAUUACCUGACGUUAAGGGCUUCCACCAACGACUACAGCUCCGCCAACCAACUGAGCUUCACGGUAGUGCGAUUGAGGUACGAUGGCGUGGCUGAGGAUGUGAGUACAAGGAUUGUGAUUCUGCAGAGUGAGGAUUGCCACGGGAAUGGGACGGAGAAUGGGUGCCGGAGAUGGGACGGCCCGGACUGCCGCCGGAGCGGCGAUGGUUUCCAGAUUCUGUGGGGCACGUUUAGUUUGGGUCAAUGGGUGGAUGAGAAUAGUAACCUGAGCAUCAGCGAUUGCAAGGAACAAUGCUGGAGAAACUGUGAGUGUGGCGGGAUUAGCUUGGAUGGGGUUAACCGUAAUGGCACCGGAUGUCGGUAUUUCAGGUCCGGCGGAUUCGUACAAUUGCCGAAUCAGGCAGGAGAAGACCGGUAUCAUGUUAUUGUCGCCGGAGGACGUCAAGCCGAUACUUCGAAUGCAUCUCGGAUUAAGUGGAUAGCGGUUUCCGUGACUGCGGCCGUGGCUAUGCUGAUAUUCACCCUCAGCAUUUUCUGGUACCAGAGAAGGCGCAAGCUUAGAGAGAGGCUUUUAGCAGAGUUGAUGGCCACUAAUGCACCGAGUGAUGGAGAUGAGAUGGGUGAUGAUGGUGAUCAGAGCCACAAUUUGAAAAUCUAUAGUGCAGCGUCUAUCAUGAUCGCUACAGAUAGCUUUUCCCCGCAAAACAAGCUUGGAGAGGGAGGUUUUGGACCUGUAUACAAGGGGAAAUUGUCGAAAGGACGAGAAGUAGCUGUGAAGAGAUUGUCGAAACUAUCUGACCAAGGGCUGGUUGAGUUUAGAAAUGAGCUCGUACUCAUAGCUAAGUUACAACACAGGAACCUUGUCAAGCUUCUAGGUUGUUGCAUCCAUGGAGAAGAAAAGAUGUUGGUGUAUGAAUAUAUGCCUAACAAGAGUUUGGAUUCGUUUAUCUUUGGUAAGUCGAAUUUAUGUUGCUCUUUCUUUUCUUUUGGUUAUAGAGGUUUCAACCUUUCAGGUUAAGACACUAAGUUUGUGUGCUUGUGGCUCUUUAACACAUAACACAGACGAAACAAAGAGAGUACAAUUAGAUUGGAACAAGCGUUUCAACAUCAUUGAAGGAAUUGCUCAAGGCUUGUUGUACCUUCAUAAGUAUUCGAGAGUGACAAUUAUACACAGAGAUUUGAAAGUUAGUAAUAUUUUACUCGAUGAAAAUCUUAACCCAAAGAUCUCGGAUUUCGGGAUGGCGCGUAUUUUCAAAACAAAUACUUCGGAAGCCAACACAGCCAAGCCCGUCGGAACAUAUGGGUAUAUGUCUCCGGAAUAUGCCAUCAAAGGCACUUUCUCUACCAAAUCUGAUGUCUUCAGUUUUGGAGUCAUGUUACUAGAAAUUGUGAGUGGCAAAAAGAAUUACAACCUCAUUCCAUUGGAUCCCCCGAUCGACCUCGUGGAAUAUGCAUGGAAGUUGUGGAAAGAAGGUUCUCCAUUAAAGUUGAUGGAUCCAACCAUGGAGGGUUCCAAUAAUUAUAAAGACCAGAUACUUAGAUGUAUCAAUGUAGGACUACUCUGUAUAGAAUACAACACAUACGAUAGGCCAGAAAUGUCAGAAGUGAUAUCGAUGUUGACUAGUAAUGUCGUACAAUUGCCCAUGCCAGAACAACCAGGGUUUAUCAUGACCAGACCAAGAAACCACGAGGGAAGCUCAAGCACCAGUGCCUCGAAAUUUUGUUCGAGUAAUGAAGUCACCAUAACAAUGAUGGUUGCUCGAUAGUUUGAAAUACUGCAUGAUGUUCAAACUCAUAGAUUGACCUUUUUUGUAAGUGUGUAAAAAUGAUAAAUUAUAUAUUUCUAUUUCUGGCGACAACUUAAAAUAUUUA